GGUUCUUGUAUCGCACUUCUCUUUUUGUUCUGGCUGCUCUUGUCACCAGUUCUUUAUCCCUGAAGUCCAAAAACUUCAUAAUCAGCAUAAUCAGCGUGCGGGGUGAAGGAUUAUUGCGUGCGCUUGGUCCGAUCCUGUGCGCCCUCUCCCCCGUCAGCUCCGUGCGCCCCAGUGGGAGUUCCAGCGCGUCCGGCAUCCUCCCCCCGUCCGCUGAGUCCGCUCCCUCCGACUCAGCCAUGAAAGACUUCUCCUCUCGUCGUUCCGUCCUCCUCCUUUUCUGUGUCUUCAGCCUCUCUGUCUGGACGCCGGCAGCGUCGGAGUUCAGGAUCUGCUCGUACAACGUCCAGAACUUCAACUUGGAUAAAGCCUCCAACUACAGAGUGUUGCACACGCUGACGCGGAUCGUGUCCCGCUGUGACAUCUGCCUCUUGCAGCAUGUGGUGGAUCCGGACGGUAAAGCCAUCGGCGCUCUGCUAGCUGCCCUCAACAGGGAAUCUGAAAGGUACAACGGACAUCGCUAUAAGUCAGUGACCAGUACGAGUCUGGGAAACUCUCCAGACGACAUGGAGCAGUAUGUUUUCAUCUUCAGGCCACAGCAAGUGAAGGUGACGGGAGAGCAUCAGUACAAGGGAAAGCUGUCCUUUGACAGACCACCGUUUGUCAUCCGGUUUCAAAGCACUAAAACUGCUAUCAAUGAGUUUAUUUUGGUUCCCCUCCACUCUAACCCCAAGAAGGCCGUCCAGGAGAUCGACCAGCUCUACAACGUCUUUGAGGAAGUCAGCAGGAAGUGGAACAACAGCAACGUGAUGUUCCUGGGCGACUUCCACGCCGGCUGCGCCUACGUGACCCGCAAAGACAGGAAGAGCAUCAGGCUGUACAAGAACUCCAACUUCUCCUGGCUGAUCGGAGACCGAGCAGACACCACCGUCACUGACUCCACCACCUGCCCGUACGACAGGAUCGUGGUCCACGGAGAACCUUUCCUGAAGGCGAUCGUGCCGUUCUCCAGUCAAGUGUUUAAAUUUGGGGAAGAUUUUAAACUUGAAAAGAGGAAGGUGCUGGAGGUGAGCGACCACUACCCGCUGGAGGUGACGCUAAAGAGCUCCGCCCCCCUGCUUCAGGCCACACCCCUCCUCAUCCUCCUAACUGUGAUUGUGCGGUUCUUCAUGCCCACUCUGUGAUAGUUUGCUCGAGUCUUGGGCACCAAAUUUGCCUGGAUGUUUUUUUUUUUUUUUUUGUUUUGUUUUGUUGAAAUCUACAUGACCAGAUUUUUUUGUUUUUUUUUUUGUUUUUUUUUUUUUAUCAAACUUUACAAAAAUAAAGCCAACCUCAGGAAUGGGUCAGAGUAGUUUUUAAACUGUCCUUGUGUCUGUAAAUACCCCAAUAAAUGAUAUUUAAAGACUAUGAGCAAAAAUUAGAGAUUACUACAAUGUGGGGCUUUAUUAUUAUUAUUAAGUAUGUUGUUAUUAUAAGUGUGGUUUGUAUUAAUGAAGAUUUCUGAAUGAUGUUUUUAUUGUAAGAUUUGUGACGCAGUCUUCGUUGCAGCUUCCGGAUUCUUCGGGGUGUUAGGUGGACGUCUGUUUGCCAAAGAGCACAUUCAGGGCAGGGAGUUGAACCACCGCCUCAGCAAGUGUUGGUGCCUUUUAUAACUGUAUUAUUUGAAUGGCAUUGUUGGGCAAUGCUGCUUAAUUUUUCUCAUGUUUUCUUUCAUGUGUUUCACACGUUCUGUUCAGGAAAUGAUGUCAGUACUUCAGGAGAUUUUAACAUUUUAUGUCAUUUUCAUAAUCAGUAAAGUUGUCAAUCUUCUAAAACUUG